AGUGGAGGAUGAUGUUAAGCAACAUAUUUUUCCUGUGAGAUGAGGCUUUUUCUUAUGUCUUCCUCUCCAACCUCUGUUGCAGUUUGUUAAACAUCCAGCAGAGGUCAGCCAUGUCUCACAUCAACACCACCCAGCUACAGUCGCUCCUGCUCUCCUUCUUGCAGCACUGUCUCAACAGCACGAGUGUACUCUCGCCACUGAUACCUCAGAACUACACUACCCAGCAGGCUGUGCACCACACGAGUGGAGCCAGGGAUCACGCUCAGUCUCAGGGCAUCAUGUAUAUUCUUCUGGUGGUUGGCAUGUUCAGCUUCUUCACGUUCGGCAUCAUGCUCAGCUACAUUCGCUCCAAGAAGCUGGAGAACUCUCACGAUCCGUACCACCAGUACAUCGCCCAAGACUGGACCAAGGUGAUGACUCCAUCUAGGGCUGUGGCUCAGGCUCUGCACAGGGCAGCUGCAGAUAACGGAGCCAGCAGCAAGGAGCCGGUCAUCAUCUGCAACCCUGCAACAACUGGAGCAGCUGGCAGAUUAGAAUGAGAUGUUCAGUUUUUUUUU